GGCGCUGUAACUGUUCUUGGCAAGCUAUUGUUGUUUGUUCAGUUUGGGUGUUGGAUUAGAAUUUUUUUUGAGUGAUAAACCAAGAAUUGUUUUACCAGCUUACCAAUCAAAUGCAUUAGCUGAUAAUAUAAGCCAAUAUAUUCCUGAAGUUUCAUUUUUAAUCAAUGUGUAUCGAUUGACAAACACAGGUGCAGACACCCUAUUCAAUUCGUCUCCAUUUUGUUUGCAAGCAAGCUGUGUUGUGUCCUGUGUAUGAAACAAACUCGCUGCGAAGAGCUCAAAAUAUUUCAAACAAUUUUUAGUAGUGUGCAAGUAAGGUGUUGAUAAAAACUGUUUUAAUUGGCGCAAUUGAGUAUAGAACAUUGCAUUCAGCAUUCUGAUAACAGAAACAUGGCAAGUGCAGAGUGGAAGCGACCAGCUUUGGAGGUUCUUUUGAAACUCUACCGAGAGCAUCCGAUCCUGUAUGAUAUGCGUCACUCGAAAUACUACAAUAAGACGGAACGCCAGAAAGCCCUAAACACUAUUAUAGACAUGCUAGAGGACCAUCGUCCCGGAACGACUACCAACGAUAUUUUGCGGAAAAUACAAAGUAUGAGAACCCAAUUUGGCCAAGAGCUGAGUAAACUGAAGCGGAAGCAGAGUAAUGGCCAAAGAUAUGUUCCGACCGUCUGGUGGUACAAUUAUCUGUCCUUCUUGAAGAUUCACAUUAAGCCCCGCUCAGCAGUUGAAGAAGAUGAAAUCAAACUUUCGAUUAGCCAUCAGCCAUCAGAGGGGGAAUUUGAGAGUUACACUGAGGAAUCGCUCGAUUUCGAUGGAGAAUCCGAAAUUAUCUACGAAAUCCAAAGUGCUCCUAAAGGUACAGUUAUUAAGACGGAUUCAAGCGACUCUAAGCUGCAGAAUGGUAGCGACAAAGAAGAGGUAAUCUACGAAAUCACACAAGCCAACACGGUGGUCCCGAAACGUAAGCUCGAUUUGAGUACCUCGGAGGAGCUGAGGAGCCCAAAGCAACCUCACAUCGAGUCGGGAAUUGAUGAGUCAUCAGUUCAGUCCAAUAGUGGAGCCGACUGUAGUGCUGGUCGCAAAAGUGAGGUCUGUGAGGUUGCGGUCGACGGUGAUAGGUGCCACAGUUUGGGCAGAUUCGUCACCUCACAGAUGGCAUCUAUUAGGGAUGACUACCUGUUCUACGCAACGCAGAUGGAUGUACUCAAUAUCAUAAACAAGGCUCAACUGAAACAGCUGCUUAUCGAUAAAGACGACAAGACGUCUAACUAAAUACUGUGCAUUGGUGUUUUUGUAUGGUCAUCAUGCCAUAUAGUAUAAAGUUUAGAACAUUAUAACAAUAUUAUCGCAAUUCUGCGGACAGCUAACACAUGCUAUGCUAUCCAGGUAAUGUUCAAUGUGGUACAUUUAGGUAAUUUUAAAGUGUACAUACAUAUUUUUUAAUAAAAUCUAAGGUUAAUCUUAA